UAAUCAAUUGUUAAGAGAAUAUAUCUCGAUUUCUUUUGCAUUCAAUAAAUAAUAAAUAUUUGCUUUCAAAAAAUAAGUCUGCAAUAUACUUUGGUGGUUACACUAUUGGGUUCCGAAAUCGUAAACUUGAUCAAAUUAUAGGAAUGCAUUAGGCCUAAUACUAUACUAUUAAGUUUACACACGUUACGAGAUAACUGGAAAAUACAAAUUCGAAUGAAGCCCAACUAAUUCCCAUUCCCUUCGCGCCAAAAAUGAAACAUUUCACGCGCCUUGCUUAAAAAACCCCUAACCGCAGCAGCAACACGCACCGCCAAGAGAGAUGGCUGAUGAUGAAGCUUCCAGGAAGCGAAGGACCACCAGAGGCCCCGAAGCCACCGCCCGCAGCCAAGCCUUGGAGCUCCUUAAAGCCUGCCGUGGCGGUGGCCGCAGAUCUGACCUCGCCGGACCCCAAAUCAAGUUAGAAAACCCUAUCUACGACACCGUCCCCGAAGACGAGUACAACGCCCUCCCCCUCGCCGCCAAGCGCCGCGAGCAAGCGCAAGAUUUCAUCGUCGAUGAUGAUGGCCUCGGUUACACCCUCUCCUCUGAAGACGAAUCCGAUGGUGAAAAUCUGGAGAAUCCCAAGUGGAAGAAGGAUCACCAACCUAAACGGCCUUCUGUUUCUUCAUCAUCACUCUCCGCCGCCGCAGCCGGCACGCAGAGGCUGUCGUCCAUGUUCACUUCCUCGAAUUUCAAGAAGAAAAGGGACGACAAGGCCAGCGAGAGCAUCGUUGAUGACGUUAUUGCAGAGUUCGCACCGGAUGAGAACGAUAGGCUGAGGCGCAGAAGGGCUAAGCCAUCUGCUGAUUCUAUUAGGGCUUCUUUGGUGUCUGGAAAUUUUGCAAUUGACAAUGCCGAGCUAAUUAGGGCUAUUGAGAGCAAAGGUUGUGACUCGGGUUUAAAGCAAAAGUGCGAAAAAGAAGUAGAAGUGAAUGUAAGUUCUGAAAAUGUUCAGGCGCCACCACCCCUAAGUAGUGAGGGUUUGAGUGAGGAUAGUGUGGUGAAGGAUAUUGAGAUGGAAGAACGACCAGCUCCGAAAAAGGAGGUUUUCACUUUGAAUGCGAAAGUUACACGAGAGGAGGAUUCGGCCGCGUUGAGUGCUACUGCCGGUUGGCAGGAGGCAAAGAGUAAUGCUGGAGGAGGGGAGAUCAAUGCUGCUGUUUCGAAGGAUGAUUUGUCCGCAGAAUUGAGUUUAGAGGCAGAUGGAUCGCUGCCAUUUUACAUACUAGAUGCCCAUGAGGAGUUUUAUGGAGCCAAUAUGGGAACCAUUUAUUUGUUUGGGAAGGUGAAAACAGGGGAUUUGUAUCAGAGUUGCUGUGUUGUUGUGAGGAACAUGCAGAGAUGUGUCUACGCAAUCCCUAGCCGUCCUUUGCAUUACACUGAUGAGAUAAUGAAUCUUGAGAAACAAGUCCAAGAGUCUCGAAUUUCUCCUGCAGAUUUCCAUAAAAAACUGCAAGAUUCUGUAUCUGAUAUAAAGAAUGAGAUAGCAAGACAUCUUGUGGAUCUGAACGUUUCUACCUUUACCAUGGUGCCGGUUAAGAGAAAAUAUGCAUUUGCACGAACUGAUAUUCCAACUGGUGAAAAUUAUGUGGUGAAAAUAAAUUAUCCGUUCAAGGAUUCAGUACUUCCUGUAGACCUCAAAGGAGAAAGUUUCUGUGCUCUUUUAGGGACUCAUUGCAGGGCACUCGAGCUUUUUUUGAUUAAAAGAAAGAUAAAAGGGCCUUCAUGGCUACAGGUUUCAAACUUUUCUACACGCUCAGCUUCUCAAAGGGUUAGCUGGUGCAAAUUUGAAGUGACUGUUGACUCUCCUAAAGACAUAAGGAUUUCUCCACCUUCCUUAAAAAUCACUUGCGAGAUACCUCCUGUUGUUGUCGCGGCGAUAAACUUGAAAACCACCUAUGAAAAGCAGAACAUAAAUGAAAUUGUAUCCGCAUCCGUUGUCUGUUGCCAUAUGGUCAAGAUUGACACUCCUAUGUUGGCUUCAGAGUGGAAAAGUCCUGGAAAGCUUACCCAUUUUACUGUUAUUCGUCAACUUGAUGGAAAUGGAUUUCCUCUGGGAUUCAAUAAGGAGGUUAGGGACAGAAACACAAAAGCAGGGUCCAAUGUUGUGUAUCUUAAAAACAGUGAAAGUGCUUUGUUAGAUUGUCUGAUGUUAGAAUUACACAAGUUGGAUAGUGAUGUCCUUGUUGGACAUAAUAUUUCUGGACUUGACCUGGAUGUCCUUCUCCACAGAUCCCAGGCUUGCAAAGUACCGAGCAGCAAGUGGUCUAAAUUAGGUCGUCUCAACCGUUCUACGAUGCCUAAGCUUUACAGAAGAAGAAAAACCUUUGGUUUUGGAGUUGAUCCUGGUAUCAUGUCUUGUAUUGCUGGUCGGCUUCUUUGUGAUACCCAUCUGAGUUCCCGUGAUCUAUUAAAGGAGGUUAGUUAUUCCCUAACUCAGCUUGCAAAAACACAGCUGAACAAGUUUCGGAAGGAAGUUGCUCCACUUGGCAUUCCAAAAAUGUUCCAAACAGCAGAGUCCCUAAUGGAGCUUAUUGAACACGGUGAAACAGAUGCAUGGUUGUCUAUGGAACUCAUGUUUCAUUUGAAUAUUCUUCCGCUCACACGUCAGCUGGCUAAUAUAAGUGGUAAUCUGUGGGGAAAAACUCUUCAGGGCGCUCGUGCACAAAGUGUGGAGUAUCUUUUGUUGCAUGCUUUCCAUGCAAAGAAAUAUAUUGUGCCAGACAAGUUUUCAAAUCAUGCAAAAGAAACAAAAUUGACAAAACGCAGAGUAACUCACGGUGUUGAUGAUGGCAACUUUGAUGAAGCAGAUAUUGAUGAUGGAAUUGGAAACUACCAUAACGAUGCUUCUGAAAGUAUUCAGAAGAAAAGCAAGAAGGCUUCUUCCUAUGCCGGGGGGCUGGUUUUAGAGCCAAAGAAGGGUCUUUAUGACAAAUAUAUAUUGCUUCUGGACUUUAAUAGCCUUUAUCCUUCUAUCAUUCAGGAAUACAAUAUCUGCUUCACAACCGUUGAAAGAUCUUUGGAUGGAUCUUUUCCUUGUCUACCUUCUAGUAAAACAACUGGAGUCUUGCCAGAGUUGCUGGAAAAUCUGGUUGAAAGGAGGAAAAUGGUAAAGUCAUGGAUGAAGGCUGCAUCUGGUCUUUAUUAUCAGCAACUGGAAAUUCGGCAACAAGCACUGAAGCUUACUGCAAACAGUAUGUAUGGUUGCCUGGGAUUUUCCAAUUCCAGAUUUUAUGCAAAGCCACUAGCUGAGCUCAUAACCCUACAAGGAAGGGAGAUAUUGCAGAGUACUGUUGAUCUAGUUCAAAAUAACUUGAAUUUAGAGGUGAUCUAUGGCGAUACUGAUUCAAUAAUGAUUUACAGUGGGCUAGAUGAUAUUGGGAAAGCAAAGGCAUUAGCUGGAAAAGUUAUUCAAGAGGUCAAUAAGAAAUAUAGGUGCUUGGAAAUUGAUCUUGAUGGUUUGUACAAGAGGAUGCUCCUUCUUAAGAAAAAGAAGUAUGCUGCUCUAAAGGUGCAGUUUAAAGAUGGAAGUACCCCAUAUGAGGUUAUUGAACGUAAAGGUCUUGACAUUGUUCGUCGUGACUGGAGCUUAUUAGCUAAAGAAUUGGGAGAUUUUUGCUUGACUCAAAUUUUGUCGGGAGGGUCAUGUGAAGAUGUGGUUGAAUCAAUUCACAGCUCUCUCAUGAAGGUGCAAGAGGAGAUGAAGAACGGUCAAGUACCAUUGGAAAAAUAUGUCAUCACAAAGACAUUGAAUAGUCCUGAUGCCAAAAGCCAGCCACAUGUUCUUGUGGCACAAAGAUUGAAGCAGCAAGGUUACUCCUCUGGUUGCUCUAUUGGUGAUACCAUCCCUUAUGUAAUUUGCUAUGAGCAGGGUGGUAGUUCAGGCAGUGCAACGGGUAUUGCUCAACGUGCCAGACAUCCUGACGAACUAAAACAAGAACAGGGGACAUGGCUAAUUGACAUUGAUUACUAUUUAUCACAGCAGAUUCAUCCCGUGGUAUCACGUCUUUGUGCACCAAUUCAGGGCACAAGCCCAGAAAGACUGGCUGAGUGUUUAGGGCUUGACACAUCAAAGUUUCAACAUAAAUCAAGCGAAGCUUCAAGUGUUGAUCUUACAAGCUCACUCAUGUUUGCUGCUGAUGACCAGGAGAGGUAUCGGGGAUGUGAGCCGUUGGUCUUGUCAUGCCCCAGCUGCUCUGGUACUAUUGACUGCCCACAUGUGUUAAAAUCCAGUGAAAAGCCAUCCAGUUCAGGCACGGAGGAAUCUGACUAUAAUUUUUGGCGUAAGCUUUGCUGUCCUAAAUGCCAAGAAAAUGGGGGUGGUAGAAUUUCUCCUGCAAUGAUCGCCAAUCAGGUCAAAAGACAAGCAGAGAAAUUUGUUUUAAUGUAUUAUAGAGGUUCAUUAAUGUGCGACGACGAGACGUGUAAGCACACAACGCGAAGUAUCAGCCUUCGGUUGGUUGGUGAUUCUGAAAGCGGAACUGUUUGUCCAAAUUAUCCUCGCUGCAAUGGGCGACUCUACAGAAAGUACACUGAAGCAGACUUGUACAAGCAACUCUCAUAUUUCUGCCAUGUAUUCGACACUGUUAGUUGUAUAGAUAAGUUGGAGGCAAAAUCUAGGAUAACGGUAGAGAAAGAGUUGAUCAAAAUUAGGCCGAUAGUUGAUCCAAUAGCAUCAACAGUACAGAAGAUCAGGGACCGUUGUGCCUAUGGUUGGGUGAAGUUGGAGGACCUGACCAUUACAGCAUAAUUUGCAAAUUUGAUGCUUGCUUAAUUUGGUUUGUAUAAUCCAGCAUAAGUGACGAAACAGUUUGACACAACACCUUGUAAAUUUCCACUAUUAUACGUUAGAUACGGUUUCUACUUUCAAUGUAAGUUCGUAAGCGACAUACUCUCAGUACUGCCAAUUAUACUAUGGACUAUUUUGGCAUUGUAAAAAGCUUAGUCCACACAAAAUCUCAAGCACAAUAUCUGCCAGAUAGACACAUUAACAGUUCCUCUCUAUUAUAGUGCCAAACAUGCUAGAAUUUAAGAUGUUUGAUAAUGAUACCUUGUUGCAUCAAAUCCUCCAAUAUAACAGUAUUUUGAUGCCCCUACUUCAC